CCUUGAAGGUGGAAGCAAGAUGGCGGAGGCGACGAAUCGGUGAAGGAGGAGGCGCCGCCGCCGCCCGCUCCGCGCACGGAGGGAGAAGGAGGGAACGAAGAGGUCGUCGCCUGAAGGUCGCCGCUGCGGCCCGUUUACCCUCCGGCUUGUCUUCUCCACAUCUCGGAUGAUGGAGGUGAUCGAGGGCUGCCGGCUGCCCGUCCUCAGGAGGAACCAGGAGAACGAGGACGAGUGGCCACUGGCAGAGAUCCUCAGUGUGAAGGACAUCAAUGGGAGGAAGGUGUUCUAUGUCCAUUACAUUGACUUCAACAAGCGCCUGGAUGAGUGGGUGACCCCCGAACGCUUGGAUCUGAAGAAAAUCCAGUUCCCGAAGAAGGAAGCCAAGACUCCGACCAAGAAUGGGCUCCCGGGUUCCAGACCGAACUCUCCCGAGCGGGAACUGAAGAAGACACCCGAUCUCUCGUUACACCCUUCGACAGCAGGGAUUGGGAAAUCCAUUCCAACACCGAAAAGGAAGUUGGAGGCCGUCUCGCUCGCCACCCAGUGCUCCCCGGUGACCCCCGUCACAGCUGCCUCGGAGAUCCCGACGCCCGUCUACGCACAGCAGAAUGGUUCCGCCAGGAGGCCGGUUUCCGUGGGGGCGGGGAGGAAGAGGAAAGCCAACUGCCUGGGCACCGACGAGGACUCGCAGGACAGCUCGGACGGGAUCCCCUCGGCCCCGCGGAUGACGGGGAGCCUGGUGUCGGACAGGAGCCACGAUGACAUCGUCACUCGGAUGAAGAACAUAGAGUGCAUCGAGCUGGGCCGACACCGCCUCAAGCCCUGGUACUUCUCCCCGUACCCUCAGGAGCUGACGUCACUCCCUGUCCUCUACCUCUGCGAGUUCUGUCUGAAGUAUCUAAAGAGCCUCAAGUGCCUGCAGAGGCACCUGACUAAAUGUAAUCUGCGUCAUCCACCAGGGAACGAAAUCUACCGGAAGGGAACCAUCUCCUUCUUCGAAAUUGACGGCAGGAAAAACAAGAAUUACUCCCAGAACUUGUGCCUGUUAGCCAAGUGUUUUCUGGACCACAAGACACUGUACUACGACACCGACCCCUUCCUUUUCUACGUGAUGACCGAGUACGACUGCAAAGGGUUCCACAUCGUUGGCUACUUCUCAAAGGAGAAAGAGUCGACAGAGGAUUAUAACGUGGCCUGUAUAUUAACACUACCCCCGUACCAGAGGAGGGGCUACGGCAAGUUACUGAUUGAGUUCAGCUAUGAGCUCUCAAAGGUUGAGGGGAAAACGGGGACGCCGGAGAAGCCGCUGUCCGACCUGGGGCUGCUGUCCUACCGCAGCUACUGGUCACAGACCAUCCUGGAGAUUCUCAUGGAGCUGAAGUCAGAGAACGGGGAGCGGCCGCAGAUCACCAUCAAUGAGAUCAGUGAACUAACGAGUAUCAAGAAAGAGGAUGUCAUCUCCACCCUUCAGUACCUUAAUCUGAUUAACUACUACAAGGGUCAGUACAUCCUCACCCUGUCGGAGGACAUCGUUGAAGGCCACGAGAAGGCCAUGAUGAAGAGGCACCUGCGGAUCGACUCAAAGUGCCUGCACUUCACGCCCAAGGACUGGAGCAAGAGGGGGAAGUGGUAACUGCCUACUGUACAGGACAGGGACAGGGAGAGAGAGAGAGAGUUACUGACUGUCGCCUGGGACUGUAGGGACCAUUCGUCCCGGCUCCUCUUCUUCCAACGCACAUCGAGACGUUGCCAUUUCUCUCUCCGUUGAGCUGACAGUGACCAGACGUCCCUCCUGCUACUGCUCCGCGACUACCCCACACACCAGAACUCCCGCCCUGGAACGGGAGGCAAGGAGGCUCGGUGUAUGGAGGGGUCUGACUGGUGAGAGCGGUGGCUCACCUCCGGUGGGACGGGGUGCAGUCCCACCCGACGAUCUCCGGCGGACGGACCGUGCUCCCCAGACGGAUGCCGGAUAGUGGGGGUUAGAAGGAUGCUCCCUCUGCACUCCCCACACCCCAGGGAGCACGGCGGUGGGGCAGCUGCGUUUCCCGACUGACCUUGCGCUGUGGGGGGUGUCACAGGGUGGGGUACUCAGGUAUCACUCUCAGUGUUGAAGCUGAAGUCAGACUCUGGGGGGGGGGGGGGGGUGCCUGUGCGGAUGGGAGGCAAGAAGGUACUGCUUGUCUGGGGUUCUGCAGGCAACAUGCUCUCAGGAAAUGACUGAACGGUGUGUCCAAACUAGGCACAAGCACAGGGGAUCCCGAAUUGUUGGAGCUCCUUCAUUGGUUCAGCUUCCCGACUGUAAAAACUGUCUCUACAAACACAACGGUCAGCACCAUUCGCUCUUGUGCCAGUCUCCCGCUCACCCGUCAGGUAUUGAAUUAUACUGGUAAUCCACAAGCUGCGUAGAGGGAGCGUCACUCUGUGUCUGACCCCGGGAGUGUGUGAUGGGACGGUGUGGAGGGAGCUUCACUCUGUGUCUGACCCCGGGAGUGUGUGAUGGGACAGUGUGGAGGGAGCGUCACUCUGUGUCUGACCCCGGGUGUGUGUUUGGUCGAGUUCAUAACUUGUUCCUGGGGUGAGAUUGUCCGAGAUGCAAGCUCAGAAGAGAAUCCUCCCCACCUGGAGUAGCCCUGGGUCACGGCUCCAUUGGCUGUGGAACACUUUUGAUCUGAGGUGAACUCUGCAGCGUUACAUAGGCCAAGGACAACCAACUGAAUAACCCCCAGACACCCCCCCCCCACUGUCUUUCAUGUCCAUUCCCUUAUCCCCUUCCCCAGCUACUCCCACUCUCAGCUGAGCUGGAACCUGUGUGGGUAGAACCAUGGACAACUUGGGGAUUGGAUGUGAAUUUUUUUUAAAUACCAAUCAACGUUUGUAUAUAUUGCCAAAAGUCAGUUCAACACGUGAAUGUUUUUGGGGAGUUCCUUCCCGUGGGAACCGUCCAACCCUUGUCCGUGGGUAGGAAUCUCCCUCGGGAUGUCCUGGGGGGGGGGGGGGUACACACACACACACAAACUGGAGAUGGAGUCACCAACUCAAAGCGCCUUGAAUCUGCACACCCCCACCCAGCCCCCAGUAGCCUUCAGCGCGAUGCCUAACGUAGUCGCAUGUCUUGUGCUGUGUAACUUUCCUGUUGUGUGACCUCCCAAAUGUUUGUGUAAAUGCAUGUAAUUCUUGGUUAGAAUUGGUAAUAUCAGCAAGAGUUGUACAGUUUUUUAAAAAAAAGUAUUCUGGGUUGUAUAAAAAAAAUUAAAUAUUAAUGUUUCAUCAUUUGGA